AUGUCAAUUAGGUGCAUAUUCAUGUGUCUCUACGGAGUUUAUAACAGCAAGCUUGGAAGAUGGUUCCACAACUGCAUGAUAAGGAAUAGACAUGAAAGAAGAUUGCGCAGCGGCCUUGGACUUGACCACUCGCGAGUAGACAAAGAAAUCAUUGAUUUUUAUUCUGUAAAAAUCAAAAUCGUCCCCCUCGGCCGCACUAAUUUUUCUUAUUUUAUACAAGACGCUGCAACCGGACAGCUUGCAGUCGUGGACCCUGGAGAUCCUGAUUAUCUUAUUUCUAUUGCAGAGAACUUUUUCAAAACCCCUAUUUCUCUGGCACUUUUGACACACAAGCAUUGAGAUCAUUCUGCUGGGCUCAAAAAGCUCAAAGAUUAUUACCCCAAUUUAAAAUCCUGCGCUUCAAAAGAAGAAACAGCCUUUGAAAUCACAAACCCUCUGGCUGAUGGAGAAAUGAUAGCUUUAGGCUCGACGCAAAUUAAAUUAAUUUAUACCCCGGUCCAUACUAAAGGCUCUUCAUGCUUUUUUAUUGAGCCAGAGAGGACUUCUUCAAUACUUUUUACAGGGGAUACUUUAUUUGUGGGAGGGAUGGGUGCUUUUUUUGAAGGAGACUACAGGAUGGCAUGUAGCAGUAUCAGCAAGAUUUUGGGGCUUCCUGACGAUACUUAUAUGUUCCCUGGGCAUGAAUAUGCAGACACUACUUUAAAAUUCGCUAAAUAUUUACAGCCGAAUAACAGGCUGCUUGAUAACAAGAUUUCCUGAGUCGUUAAAAGAAGGGCAAGAUACAUGGUCGCAAUUCCAAGCACACUUAAAGAAGAAAAAAGCUAUAACCCUUUUUUAAGGAUUUACGAUACCUCAUUCUAUGUGCUGCUUGGGGUUAGGCACUAUUUAGAAGCAAUAAGCAAACUUCAAGAAUUAAGGAUGAAAAAAAGAAACGAGUAUAGAUACAUAGAGCUCAAAGUCCACCCAGAAGCUCAAUAA